ACAUGCGUUCACAAGUGUCAUUGCCAACUUACAUCACUUCUCCUGCCUCUUCCUUCUUUCGUUCAUUCAUCAUAGCAACAACACCAGCCAUGGACAAUCCUUUCGAUCAGAAUCAAGUGUAUGAGCGUUUUCUUUACGGUUAUUUCAUCGAUAAGGGUUUCUAUGAAACGGCGGAGGUUUUCCGCCGAGAAGCAGAGGCCCGUGCUUAUCCGCUGUCUCCGUCAGAAAUUGAUGUUCCUAAUCCACUUUUGCUCGAAUGGUGGGUGAUAAAUUCUGAUUUCAGUGAAUGGGAAAGGAAAAACUCGUUGGAUAAUGAGGGUUCAUAUUACAGGGAUGAAGCUAUCAUGUUGCACCAAAGUGGUCUUACUCAGUCAAGAGAGUAUGCAUUAAAUGAACAAAUGAUUGAGGAGCUCACUCUUGAUAAUAGUUUUGGUGUGAUCCUAAGAGAAAAUUUAGUACCUGUGUCACAUCCUGGGAAUUUGUUGACAUCCUUCCCUCAUGUCAACCAAGGUGGUACAGAUAAUCAAGGACUUGAAUCUAUAGUUGAAGCAUUUGUAAGAUCAAGAAAUGCAUCCAAUGAGAGCCAGAAUCAAGGGAAGAGGAAGAGGUCAAGAGAUUAUGAAGAUGGAAACAUUGAUAUACCGGGCACAAACAAUAGUCACUUGGAAACCUCAUCACAAUAUAGAGACUCAGAUUAUCUUUUUGAAUUUCCUUCUUGUUGUAUAAAAAUUGCUGAAGAUUGGAUGGCGUCUUCCUUGGGCCAAGAUGAUGAUUUUAACUUGCCCACAUAUCUUUUUGAAGAGCAGAAUGACGAGGAAGGAAAUUUCUGCAGUAAAGGCAUAGCUUUUAAGCUGUCCUCUUCUCUUGUGGAAGAAAAGCAAGAAGAUCCUUCCUUCAUCAAAGAUGAUAUUUUUGAGUUGUCAUCUCUUGUCAAAGGCAAGAAAAAUGAGGAAGGGAAUUCCUCUAACCAAGAUGCUAAUAUGUAUGAUUGUUCUUCUCAUGAAGAUGAUGGUGCAGUUUCUGCCAUCAAUUUAGAUGAACUUCAUGAAGCUCCAAACAAUGAUGAGACACAAGGAGGGAUUACUGGAGGCAACUCUGUAUCUGAAACUGUGACGAGUGUAGAAAGUUGUACAAUGUCUUUGCCUCCGGCCAAUCUUGGCAGUACAGAUGCUGAAGUGUUGGAUUCUGUAGUUCAAACCAUUCUAAGAACAACAGAAAUUGCAACCAUUGAGGAGGAAGGAGCGUUCUCCGGCCAAUAUGAGACUUUCAAGUUGACAUCUUCUCUUUUGGAAAAAAAGAAAGAUGAGAAAGGGGCUUCCUCCACCAAAAAUGAUAGGUUUGAACUGCUUUCAUCUCCUUUGGAAGAAAAGGAAGAUGAAGGGGAUUCUGCUACCAGAAAUGCUCAUCCGUAUGGUUCUUCUCAUGUUAAUCCAAGUGUGGAAUCAAGUGGCAGCGCAAGGUGAUAUCUGCUUCAAAAAAUUUCUUCUGUUAAGAAUGUUUCCCUUAACCAGCAAGGUGUGAUAUGUCACCAAAGGGCCUUUGGCCUAGCAAUAUCGUAGUCUAUAGCCUCCUAGGAGG